AUGGAAGAGGAUCCCGCGGCUGCUAGCGGCCACCAACUGGACGCCGCCGCCACAAAUACUACCACGGCUUCAUUGUACCCCGCCGACGACGCCCAUAAUGGCCACGACAAGCAGCGACAGCAGCAGCACGCAGAAUACGACGACGACGACGACGACGAAGAUGAGCAGCAGCAGCAGCAGUCACAAAUCAAUAACUACACAGCAAUAUCUUGCGCAACAAACGGAACCGUCGUUGUUGUCGGGUGGUGCCGCUGGACCGGAAUUCAACAAGCUGAGGCCAGUGGAAGAAGGAACUGGAGGAGGGGACGAUUCACCACAACCACCGGCUCCGGAUCCAGCGACCGGCCAACACCAAGUAGGGCAGUCUUCAAACGUUAUUACCACAACUCCGCCUGUCUCGACCAUAACCGUCAACUCUCCCGUCCCUCGCUUCGUCGCUCCCUCAUCAUAUCUACGCCCAAGACCAAUUAA